AUGCAGCAACGACGAGAAGAUAAUUCAAGUGAGAAGGCCACCACACGUAGGGUUCACUUUCAAGAUGAUCAGCACCUCGCAGACAGCCAGUACACCAAGUUUGAGAACGAUGCCAAGGCUGCCCCACGAACAACGAGCGGCGAGACGUUCAAAGGGUAUGGCGGCGAACGAGCCGCGCCGGUGCGCCACCGUGACCAGGUGUCGCUGAAGAUGGAUGGUGACGAGGGGCGGUUCGCAACGACGUCGGAGAGUGCGUUUGGCGCCAAGGGCGGAGAGCGUGCCAUGCCGAUCCGUCCGCCGGCAGAGGACCAGGUGCAGAUUGGGAGCCGAGGGCCCAUGUCAGUGGGGACGACGAGCGGCGAGACGUUCAAAGGGUAUGGCGGCGAACGGGCCGCGCCGGUGCGCCACCGUGACCAGGUGUCGCUGAAGAUGGAUGGCGACGAGGGGCGGUUCGCAACGACGUCGGAGAGUGCGUUUGGCGCCAAGGGCGGAGAGCGUGCCAUGCCGAUCCGUCCGCCGGCAGAGGACCAGGUGCAGAUUGGGAGCCGAGGGCCCAUGUCAGUGGGGACGACGAGCGGCGAGACGUUCAAAGGGUAUGGCGGCGAACGGGCCGCGCCGGUGCGCCACCGUGACCAGGUGUCGCUGAAGAUGGAUGGCGACGAGGGGCGGUUCGCAACGACGUCGGAGAGUGCGUUUGGCGCCAAGGGCGGAGAGCGUGCCAUGCCGAUCCGUCCGCCGGCAGAGGACCAGGUGCAGAUUGGGAGCCGAGGGCCCAUGUCAGUGGGGACGACGAGCGGCGAGACGUUCAAAGGGUAUGGCGGCGAACGGGCCGCGCCGGUGCGCCACCGUGACCAGGUGUCGCUGAAGAUGGAUGGCGACGAGGGGCGGUUCGCAACGACGUCGGAGAGUGCGUUUGGCGCCAAGGGCGGAGAGCGUGCCAUGCCGAUCCGUCCGCCGGCAGAGGACCAGGUGCAGAUUGGGAGCCGAGGGCCCAUGUCAGUGGGGACGACGAGCGGCGAGACGUUCAAAGGGUAUGGCGGCGAACGAGCCGCGCCGGUGCGCCACCGUGACCAGGUGUCGCUGAAGAUGGAUGGCGACGAGGGGCGGUUCGCAACGACGUCGGAGAGUGCGUUUGGCGCCAAGGGCGGAGAGCGUGCCAUGCCGAUCCGUCCGCCGGCAGAGGACCAGGUGCAGAUUGGGAGCCGAGGGCCCAUGUCAGUGGGGACGACGAGCGGCGAGACGUUCAAAGGGUAUGGCGGCGAACGGGCCGCGCCGGUGCGCCACCGUGACCAGGUGUCGCUGAAGAUGGAUGGCGACGAGGGGCGGUUCGCAACGACGUCGGAGAGUGCGUUUGGCGCCAAGGGCGGAGAGCGUGCCAUGCCGAUCCGUCCGCCGGCAGAGGACCAGGUGCAGAUUGGGAGCCGAGGGCCCAUGUCAGUGGGGACGACGAGCGGCGAGACGUUCAAAGGGUAUGGCGGCGAACGGGCCGCGCCGGUGCGCCACCGUGACCAGGUGUCGCUGAAGAUGGAUGGCGACGAGGGGCGGUUCGCAACGACGUCGGAGAGUGCGUUUGGCGCCAAGGGCGGAGAGCGUGCCAUGCCGAUCCGUCCGCCGGCAGAGGACCAGGUGCAGAUUGGGAGCCGAGGGCCCAUGUCGGCGGGGACGACGAGCGGCGAUGCCUUCCGCAGGGUAUGGCGGCGAGCGGGCCGCGCCGGGUAUGGCGGCGAGCGAGCCGCGCCGGUGCGUCACCGUGACCAGGUGUCGCUGAAGAUGGAUGGCGACGAGGGGCGGUUCGCAACGACGUCGGAGAGUGCGUUUGGCGCCAAGGGCGGGGAGCGUGCCACGCCGAUCCGUCCGCCGGCAGAGGACCAGGUGCAGAUUGGGAGCCGAGGGCCCAUGUCGCGGGGACGACGAGCGGCGAUGACUUCCGCAGCUACGGCAGCGAGCGACCCGAGCCGCUACCGCAGCGAGCGACCCGAGCCGGUGCGUCACCGUGACCAGGUGUCGCUGAAGAUGGAUGGCGACGAGGGGCGGUUUGCGACGACAUCGAAGGACGCUUUUGGUGCCAAGGAUGGGGAGCGUGCCGCGCCGAUCCGUCCGCCGACGGAGGACCAGGUGCAGAUUGAGAGCCGAGGGCCCAUGUCGGCGGGGACGACGAGCGGCGAUGCCUUCCGCAGCUACCGCAGCGAGCGACCCGAGCCGGUGCGUCACCGUGACCAGGUGUCGCUGAAGAUGGAUGGCGACGAGGGGCGGUUUGCGACGACAUCGAAGGACGCUUUUGGUGCCAAGGAUGGGGAGCGUGCCGCGCCGAUCCGUCCGCCGACGGAGGACCAGGUGCAGAUUGGGAGCCGAGGGCCCAUGUCGGCGGGGACGACGAGCGGCGAUGCCUUCCGCAGCUACCGCAGCGAGCGACCCGAGCCGGUGCGUCACCGUGACCAGGUGUCGCUGAAGAUGGAUGGCGACGAGGGGCGGUUUGCGACGACAUCGAAGGACGCUUUUGGUGCCAAGGAUGGGGAGCGUGCCGCGCCGAUCCGUCCGCCGACGGAGGACCAGGUGCAGAUUGGGAGCCGAGGGCCCAUGUCGGCGGGGACGACGAGCGGCGAUGCCUUCCGCAGCUACCGCAGCGAGCGACCCGAGCCGGUGCGUCACCGUGACCAGGUGUCGCUGAAGAUGGAUGGCGACGAGGGGCGGUUUGCGACGACAUCGAAGGACGCUUUUGGUGCCAAGGAUGGGGAGCGUGCCGCACCGAUCCGUCCGCCGACGGAGGACCAGGUGCAGAUUGGGAGCCGAGGGCCCAUGUCGGCGGGGACGACGAGCGGCGAUGCCUUCCGCAGCUACCGCAGCGAGCGACCCGAGCCGGUGCGUCACCGUGACCAGGUGUCGCUGAAGAUGGAUGGCGACGAGGGGCGGUUUGCGACGACAUCGAAGGACGCUUUUGGUGCCAAGGAUGGGGAGCGUGCCGCGCCGAUCCGUCCGCCGACGGAGGACCAGGUGCAGAUUGAGAGCCGAGGGCCCAUGUCGGCGGGGACGACGAGCGGCGAUGCCUUCCGCAGCUACCGCAGCGAGCGACCCGAGCCGGUGCGUCACCGUGACCAGGUGUCGCUGAAGAUGGAUGGCGACGAGGGGCGGUUUGCGACGACAUCGAAGGACGCUUUUGGUGCCAAGGAUGGGGACCAGGUGUCGCUGAAGAUUGAUCCUGACUCUGUUCUGCGUUCUUUUUCUUACCCCGCUUUGUCCGCGAGACGCCCGCUUUUUUGUCCUCCUUAUGCCAUUGAUCAGCAGCCCGUGUAUUCAACAACCACAGCUGAUACCUAUCGUAUCCCCUAUUCUUUUCCUGACCCGUCUGACACUGUGACCUCAGACGGCUCACAGCAUAUUCCUUUCGGUUCGAUUUCUCGUCCUUCUAGCUCGGUUCCUCUUCCUGCUUCGGACGUCGCAUCAUUUUAUCAUGAUCUCGGACUGCCAAAGCAACUCGAUAUUCCUGCAGCUGAUCGGCCUUUUAAGCAGCUCAUCGUAUCCCACCCACAUGAAAAGAUGGCCUUCGAGACCACUAAUCGCGCAACGUUUCGCGACCAGACGAAGUUUGUGCGCGAGCGAUUCCACUCGCCACAACGGCGCGUUGACAUUGGCGAACCUGUCAAAGAAGCGCACUUAAUUUCGACGAUGCAUAGCGCACACGACUCUGCUGCUAUCCGACCGACAGACGCUGCACAUCGCACUGAACAGCUCAUAUUUAAUGUCAAUUCACCAGCGUCGCCACCCCAAGCUGUGUCACGCUAUCUCGAGGCAUUGCACCACAAACCUGGUCUCGCAAUGCCUAGCCGCCAUCUUCCAGAUCGCCCCCGCUUCUUGCCUGCAUCAGACGACAAUGCUUUGCAGUCAACGCGUGACUUGCUUCCCAGCUCCUUCUUCAAGUUGUAA